AUGUCUGUAGCUCUGUUACGCUUCCUCCUGGCCCUGGCCGGUGCGUGCUCCGCGGGCUCGGACGCUCCGCGGGGAGUCGCGCUCGGCUUCGUGUUCGACCCCAAAGCGACGUGCGAGCCUCCGUGCGAACACGCCGGGGUCUGCAUCCGCAAAAACACGUGCUUCUGCUCCAGAGGGUACGAGGGGGAGACCUGCCAGUUCGCCAACUGUUAUCCCAAAUGUAAGAACGGGGGGGACUGUCUUCGCCCUGGAAAAUGCAGAUGUCCCCCAGGAUUCGGAGGAAAAUACUGUCACAAAGUGACGUGUGAUGGAGGAUGCUGGAACGGAGGGGAGUGCACCGCCGUCAACGGAGUGGCCAAGUGCAUCUGCCCCUCGAGCUGGAGCGGCUCCAAAUGCCAAGAGGCAAGUUGUCCUCAAGGCUGCAGGAACGGGGGAAUCUGUGUGGCCCCAGGAAUCUGCAGCUGUCCGGAGGGAUGGCUGGGCGGUGCCUGCCACACUGCCGUGUGCACGAAGCCCUGCCUGAACGGAGGGAAGUGCAUUUCUCCUGAAAAGUGCCGCUGUCGCCCGCCGUACUCUGGCCCUCGCUGCGAGGAGAGGAAGAAGUCACACUAG